UACGGCAACUCAAAACAAUAAUACAGCUAUACCCAGCUGCGUUCAAAAGCGCUGCUUGAAAACCUGGAUUAGAAUUAGUUUUUUCUUUCGUUGACUACAUAUUUUAGGAAAUAGUCUUUAAAAUAACGUAGUUUUCUUUAUUCUUUUUGGCAUAAUGAGUCAUCGACUGAUUAUUCAAGUUUUUGAGCAGUACCAGAAGUCCAGGUUGCAGUUUGUGCAAACCGUUGCUGAUUUGGCGACCAGACCACAAAACUCUGAAAUCCUCCAUAAUGCAGGAGUGAUGCCCAUGCUCCGGUCUCUGAUGCUGGACACGGUUCCGAGCAUCCAGCAGACGGCGGCUUUGGCUGUGGGUCGCCUGGCGGACCAAAAUGACAAUCUGGCAGAAGCUGUGGUGAAAGAGAACAUCCUGCCCCAGCUGGUCCAUUCUCUGGCCUCGCAGAACAGGUUUUAUAAGAAGGCGGCAGCAUUUGUUCUGCGCGCCGUGUCCAAGCACUCUCCUGACCUGGCCCAGGCAGUAGUGAGCAGCGGGGGGGUCGAUGCUCUGGUUCUCUGCCUGGAGGAGUUUGACCCCGGGGUGAAGGAGGCCGCUGCCUGGGCUCUGGGCUGCAUCGCACGACACAAUGCAUCUCUGUCCCAGGCGGUGGUGGAGGCAGGAGCGACCCCCCUGCUGGUGUUGUGUCUCUUGGAGCCCGAGAUGGCCCUCAAACGCAUCGUGGCCUCCACGCUCAGCGACAUCUGCAAGCACACGCCAGAGCUGGCCCAGACCGUGGUGGACAACGGCGCCAUCGCACACCUGGCCCAGAUGAUCCUCAGCCGGGACGCCAAGCUCAAGAGGCAGGUGUUCUCCGCCCUCAGCCAAAUCAGCAAACACUCCAUCAGCCUGGCCGAGAUGGUGAUCGAGGCCGAGGUCUUCCCCGCCGCCUUCGUCUCCCUCAAAGAUCCGGAUGAUUACGUCAGGAAGAACGUUGCGACCCUGAUGAGGGAGGUGGCGAAACAAACGCCAGAGCUGUCCCAGCUGAUCGUGAACUGCGGUGGGCUGUCAAAGGUGAUCGACUACCUGGGAGAGAGCCAUGGACAGCUGCGGCUCCCGGGCAUCAUGAUGCUGGGAUACGUGGCGGCUCACAAUGAAAGCCUCGCCAUGGCCGUCAUUCUCUGCAAGGGGGUGCCCCAGCUGGCCCUGUGCCUCUCAGAGGAGCAUGAGCAGCACAUCAAGUCGGCCACAGUGUGGUCAAUAGAUCAGAUAGGUCAUCACACCCCUGAGCAUGCCAAGGUGGUGGCUGCAGCAAACCUGCUGCCCACGCUGCUGGAGCUCUACAUGGACACCAGCAGCUCAGAGGACUUGCAGGCCAAGAGCAAGAAGGCGCUGAAGAACAUCCUACAGAAGUGCACCUACGUCCCGGCUCUGGAGCCGCUGCUCUACGACGCUCCCAGCAACAUCCUCAAACACGUCGUCUGCCAGUUCAGCAAGGUGCUUCCCCAUGACAGCAAGGCCCGUCGUUUGUUUGUGACCAGCGGCGGACUGAAGAAAGUCCAAGAGAUUGACGCAGAGCCGGGCUCCGCUCUGCAGGAAUACAUCAACGUCAUCAACAGCUGCUUCCCUGAGGAGAUAGUCAGGUACUACUCACCAGGCUACUCUGAGAUCCUGCUGCAGCGGUUAGAGGGCUACCAGCCGGAAGAUUCACUUCACACUCCUCCAUCUGAGGGACAGUAAACAUUUUUGUGCCUUACAAA